AUGGAAGUUACAAGAACGUAUACACACUCGGUUGUAGACACGGUUUCCAUUUUAGUGGUUGAUGUGAACACUUCCCUGUUUAUUACUAAUGUAAAGAGUUUCCCCACUCAAACAGCUAGUUCUGACUCGGAAUUACUUCAUUAUAUUGCUAAGGAAUUGGGAGCUUUGUUGGAAGAAAUAGAAAAUGAGUUUUUAAAGGGUAAGGCGACAGUGUUCCAGAAGAUUAAUUUAAACUUUUCUGAAAUGAAAUAUCCAUUUCACUUCUGGGAUGAGCUCAUAUUUCUUGAUACUAGAAAGUUAACCAAUAAUCCUCAAGUUUAUAUUACAGAACAAUCCCCUUUUGACCGGCAAGAAUAUUUUAAAACUAAUUAUUUUAUAACAAGGUUUAGGAAACAGAUUUGUGAAUCGGCGAGUAAUGAUGAAGAAAGGGAAGAAGAUUAUCUUAUAGAUUUUGAAUUGUUAACAAAGAAGACUAUUUGGUUCUUAUUCAAGGAAAGGGGGAUUGAAGACGAAAACGAAAUUGAAAACUUAUUGGCCCGCUACUCAAGUGUUGAGGACUUGGUAACAUAUCUAUAG